CACAUGCUUAGUUGGUGACUUACUGAAUCUGUGCAAAGAUCAGAACAGAUGUUUCAAAGAAAAAUUCAUCUCUGGGAAGGCUUUCCACUCCAGAGUGGGGGACGCUACUUAAUUGGAGAGGGUCCCCAUUCACAUAUCAGACUUACUGGGGACUGGUGUUUGCCUCCUAGUCCAAGGAACUGUGGGAAUAAGGGAGGAUAUAGUAUAGGAAGAAGAGGGGGAAGGAGGAUAGUUCUGAGAUUUUGACAGCUGAAAGAGAUCAUUCUUCCAAGUUGAGAGCCAAUAUCACAAAGAUCUUGGUAUAUUCCAGAAGGGAACUUUCUAAUUUCCACAUAGAUUGCUUUCCUUUAUUUAUUUAUUUUUUACUGGAGAAGGACCUAAAAUGAUCAGAAUAGGAACUCAGAAAGGGUUUCCUUGGCUUGAGAGAAAAGGGCAAGAGGGAGCAGUAAGGCUGAGCUGUCUGUAUUUCAGUGGUCAGGCCAGGCCAACUGUGACCAGCGAGAAGUCCACUCUGCCUAGUUGUUUCUAAGUCCCACUGGCUCCCCAGAAGGAACUAGGCUCUGGAGGCCUGUGAGGGUAAGUUAGGUAGUGAAUGGCAUCUCCAUAUAAUCAAUUUAUUUCAAACCUGGAGGAGCAUGAGCAGGGACAGAGCCAGGAAUGGCCAUUGUAAGAAGGCCUUGGAGGAGUUUCAUCUGUGUAGGUGGCUCUUUUUUUUGCAAUGUCAGUGAUUGAGUACAGAGCUGGGGAGGUGGAAAGCACAGGAAUCAUAGAUGCCUGCUUUGGAGGGAGUCAAAGGAGGGAGGAUGCAUUUGUGACCUCUCAGGCAUUGAAGUGUUUAGGGUUGGGGUGCCAGGAGCCUCUGCCUCCUGCCUGGCUGCUCAGGGCCAAGGGAGAUCUGGUCACAGGCUCAGUUUAACAACCUUCUCCUUGCUACCCAAUUACCACAGAAAAAUAACUCCUCUGCUCAUAGCUCUCUGCCUGCACUACAGGACUUGCAGUUAGUGACCAAGUCUUCACAGCUGCUCACUUCCUAUUACGCUUUGCUUUGCCUUGACCAAACCUGAGUCAGGUUCCUCUCCUCCCCACCCGACCCUAAACAUUAACUAGCCCACAAGUUUGAGCACACACUAAAAUGCAGAACAUACUUCCUUGUCAGGUUAUUGCCAAAAUCCAUGGACCACAGAGGCACAUUCUUUGUCAAACCACAGGUGUUGCCUUGGGUUUAGACCCUGUCAUCUGUAAGUUUCCUUUACUGCUUACCCCCCUUACCAUACAAAAGAUUGUUUCUGUUCGGUGUUGAGAGGCUUACAGAUUUCUGAGAUCAGAGCUUUCUCCCUUUGCAAUAGCCUUUCUAAUUAAAGUCUCACCCAAUCUAAGCCUGAUUUUUUUUUAUUUUAUUUUUUUACUUUACUUUAGUAUGUAGCUAAGAGUGAUUCCAGGUAAGUCUGAGCCUCCACUGGUGGGGAAUGAAAUGCUGGCGGGCUGGAGCAAUUGUGUUUCUCUUGGGAAAGACAAGGAAGCCUGAAAAGCACAGCUAUUUUCAACUUUCCUAAGGAGAAUGAAUUUCUGAACAAGGAGGUUCGAGGCUUGCGCGGUAGGGGCCACUGGCAGGGCAUGGUAACUGUCGGUUGAAAAACACUGUUGCGAUCACCACUGGGGGCGAGGCAGUGCUUACGAACGGUUUGGGGGAGGAGAACGAGGAGUGAAGGAUGGGACGGGCGGGGCAUAGCAGCUAAAGGUACGCAAAAGCGCUACUAGAAACCGCGCCUCCGUGGGCGAUCUGGGGGUGGGGGAGGUAAAGGGUGGUCUCAGAGCCUCAGCUCACAGGUCGUGGAGCUGCAGAGGCCAGAACAGCAGCAGAAGCGAGCGGGAAGGAGUUAGGACCGCUCGGAGCGCCCAGGUCUCGAGGUAGUAUAAGGUUUGCAAUCCCUCCACUUGCUGUUGCAGAAGAAGAUCUGCUUUUAAGUGAAACGUACAAGCUACCCCUCGGAGGGCUGCGGCUUUCCGGGCUUGCUGGGCCCUCUGUCCCUUCUCGGGCCCCAGCGCUCACUCUGUCAUUCGCACGCGCCCCUAAGUUUGCCGGGAGCUCGCUGCCCGCUCGGCGCGGUCCGGCUGGGCGCCGCGGGUGGGGGCGGGGAGCCCGGGAGCCGCAGUCCAGGAGCGUCGUGGGCCAUGUAUAUUUCAUCAAAUGGACUUUGGGUGCGUCGCGUCUCGCAGCCGUCAACAGUAUGUGCAGUGACAUUUCUGACUUGAGUGGAGGAAUGCGCGAAGGAAGCCCGGGCGAAACUGGUACUCGAGGAUCUUCUUGGCGCCAAUGCUAAUUGUCCUGAUUUAUGUCCCUUCUGACUAAGCUCAACGUCUUCAUCUGAAAUAAAAUGAAAGCUGUGCCAAGCGGGGUAGAACCUCCCGGCCGCUGGUUCUGAUCCCCGGCAAUCAGGAAAUCGUCCUGCAGCCUAAAAAAAAAUUAAAGGAAAAAAAAAAAAGAGCGAGCGAGCGAGAGAAAUAGAAAUAGAAAAAAAAAAUCCCUCAGUAAAAGUUUAAGGCGAGAAGUGGCAGAGGCAGUGGCGCGAGGAGGCGCGGAGGAGAGCCGGCAAGCAGGGGACUGGUCCGGCAAGACCUCGCGAAGGCUGCGAUUUCAUUAUUAACAUCACUAUAUUUUUGGAGGGAGAGGCACCUUUCUCAUCCUCCCUUCCUCUCCGCCCACCCCUGUUCCCUCCCCCUUGUCUACCUGUCAAAGUCACUGAUCUUUUGCAUUUCGGAAGAGGACGUCAACGGGAAGGAAUUCCCCUCUGGGUGAGGGCUCCGAGAGGGGGCGACGCGCGGGAGGCGCCCCCACAGGGGCCGGAGACGCAGGGUGUUGGUGCCAGAAGAAAAGAAUGUCUGAUGAGAAACAGACACAGGGCUGUGGAUAUUCAUCCUUUUGCUUCAGACACUGAUACCUCAGUGCAUCAAAGCAUUCCUUGUGAGCCGUGAACGCCGAGGACCACCCAGGGUUAUCGGAUAUACAACUGGAGAGACAUCGCUUUGCUAAAUCAUUAUCUGCUACUGGGCAUCUUUUACAAAAUCCAAACUAGAUCUGAGUCUUAUAGAUAUAUUCUAGGACAACGAAAAAGCUGCAAGUUGUUAACGCCUAAUGCACAAGUAUGUUAGGCUUCCACCAAAGUUCUCAAUAUACCUGAAUGUGCACCAUCUCUUCACCCUCCACUUUUAGUUUUGGAAUCUACUUUGCGUUCUCAUCCUCUUGAUAUAUAUAAUAUUAUAUAUAUACGCACAAUAUAUAUAUUAUAUAUAUACACACAUAUAUAUUAAUAUAUAUACAGACAUACCUAUAUAUAGACAUAUAUUUAUAUGUGAAAUAGACAUAAAUCACAGAUAAGCAAACCCUGCUUUAUUACCACGAAGACUGCCAAGAACAUAGAGAUGUAUUUGUCACAAUUCCUGUCAAUUCAUGCCCUUUGGGUUACAGUGUCCUCAGUGAUGCAGCCCUACCCUUUGGUGUGGGGACAUUAUGAUGUGUGUAAGACACAGAUUUACACAGAAGAAGGGAAAGUUUGGGAUUACAUGGCCUGUCAGCCAGAAUCCACGGACAUGACCAAGUACCUGAAAGUGAAACUGGAUCCUCCGGACAUUACCUGCGGAGACCCUCCUGAGACAUUCUGUGCAAUGGGCAACCCCUACAUGUGCAAUAAUGAGUGCGAUGCGAGCACCCCUGAGCUGGCGCACCCCCCUGAGCUGAUGUUUGACUUUGAAGGAAGACAUCCCUCCACAUUUUGGCAGUCUGCUACUUGGAAGGAGUACCCCAAGCCUCUCCAGGUUAACAUCACUCUGUCUUGGAGCAAAACUAUUGAGCUCACAGACAACAUAGUUAUUACCUUUGAAUCAGGGCGUCCUGACCAAAUGAUCCUGGAGAAAUCCCUCGAUUAUGGACGGACAUGGCAGCCCUAUCAGUAUUAUGCCACAGACUGCUUAGAUGCUUUUCACAUGGAUCCUAAAUCCGUGAAGGAUUUAUCACAGCAUACGGUCUUAGAAAUCAUUUGCACCGAAGAGUACUCCACAGGGUAUAUGACGAAUAGCAAAAUAAUCCACUUUGAAAUCAAAGACAGGUUUGCGUUUUUUGCUGGACCAUGGCUACGCAACAUGGCUUCCCUCUACGGACAGCUGGAUACAACCAAGAAACUCAGAGAUUUCUUUACAGUCACAGACCUGAGGAUAAGGCUCUUGAGACCAGCAGUCGGGGAAAUAUUUGUAGAUGAGCUACAUUUGGCACGCUACUUUUACGCAAUUUCAGACAUAAAGGUGCAUGGAAGGUGCAAAUGUAAUCUCCACGCCACUGUGUGUGUGUUUGACAACAGCAAACUGGCCUGUGAAUGUGAGCACAACACUACAGGUCCAGACUGUGGGAAAUGCAAGAAGAAUUAUCAGGGCCGACCUUGGAGUCCAGGCUCGUAUCUCCCCAUCCCCAAAGGCACUGCGAAUACCUGUAUCCCCAGUAUUUCCAGUAUUGGUAAUUGUGAAUGCUUCGGCCACUCCAAUCGAUGCAGUUAUAUCGAUCUGCUAAACACAGUCAUUUGCGUGAGCUGUAAACACAACACUAGAGGGCAGCACUGUGAGUUAUGCAGGCUGGGCUACUUCAGAAAUGCUUCUGCACAGCUGGACGAUGAGAAUGUGUGCAUAGAGUGUUAUUGUAACCCUUUGGGCUCAGUCCAUGAUCGUUGUAAUGGCUCAGGAUUUUGUGAGUGUAAGACUGGAACGACAGGGCCUAAGUGUGAUGAGUGUCUGCCAGGAAAUUCCUGGCGCUACGGCUGCCAACCGAAUGUCUGCGACAACGAGCUCCUGCACUGCCAGAACGGAGGGACGUGCCACAACAACGUGCGCUGCCUGUGCCCGGCCGCGUACACUGGCAUCCUGUGCGAGAAGCUGCGGUGCGAGGAGGCGGGCAGCUGCGGCGCCGACUCGGGCCAGCGGGCGCCCCCGCGCGGCGCCCCCGCGCUGCUGCUCCUGGCCGCCCUGCUGGGGACCGCCGGGCCCCUGGCGCUCUAGGCGCGUCGGCCCGCAGCCCGCCGAGCCUGUGCCGCGGGGAAGCCGGCGCGCCCCGGGCACUCGCGCCCGACACAGGAACACACUCAGACACCCCACGCAGACACAGU